AUGGUUACGCAGCAGUUCAAGUUCUCCCCGCCUGAGAAUUCGACGAACCAGCUGAAGCUUCUCGAAGUCCUUACUUGUGGCUGUGGCCGCAGCCGUGACGGGUACCAGCAGCUUGCAGGCAUAGACACGUGCAAAAACCGAGCAGGUUGGCUGAUAAUCUUGGUGAGCGAGAGUGAGGCAUUGCCAAUGCCAACCAUAACUCCGGGCCACAGAAAGAAAUUGACUCGAGCUUCGGAUGCGCCGUUCAGGGGCACCGGUGCCCCUCAGUGGACUCUGGAGGCUUCAUCCAAAAGCCCGAUUUGCAGCGAGCACUUGCCAGGCCCACAAAGGAGUGACUCCCUACCAAUGAUGACGCGUGGCUGGCUAUUUCUGAACAGUACUUUAAAGAGACAGAGACCCAACCAUCCCCUUGCAAUCACCAAUCAAGACCCGUAUCCCCUGGCACUCCUGGUCAGCGCCCCUGGCUUGCACUGCGAGUCGCGGGCGCGGGCCAGCCUUUAG